AAACACUGGACUGGGAGUAUUAGAAUUCACCUGCUAUGGGGUUCGAGCCCCACCCGUUUUGUGAUUUGAAGCUAGCCUGAAAAGGCACUUUUCUCAUCUCACAGAGACCAAUAUCCUAAAAUACUCACCCUUGCCCUAACCCUUGGCCUAACAUCUGUCCCAACUCCUGUUCUGACCCUAUCUCUGACCCCUUCCCUGACCCAUCCCUUCUCCAAAAUCAUACAAAAACUAGUCCCCUAACCCAUUUCCUUUAUCAUGCCCUAACCUUUCUCUCGGCUCUCGUCUAAACCCCUCCCCUACUCCAUUAAUAUAAUAAUUUUCCAGUGCAAAAACUACAUGUCGAGUGUAAACACUGUUGACAUACGCACAUCCAUGUAAACUAAGAUAGAUUUUUGUUCCUCACUGUUGAUAUACAAAAUAUAAUUUAGAAUAAUGUGGAGAAAGGCCGGGUAAACAAUAAUAUUGGAGAUAGUGUGAAGGACGAGGGGCAGGAUGAGGAUAGAGUGGGUGGUGCCGGGCAGAAGCAGUGGGCACUUUAUGAGUGCUGGGGUAUCGUAGCACUAGUGGGCACCAGUGUGUUAUAACGUGUGGCGGCACUGGUGGUAGUGAUGAUGGCAGUGCAGACGCGACCUUGCUUUAGUGAAGGCUUUGCAGAGGGCAUUCCUAUCCACUAGUUGUAUUACCUCUCGUCUUGCUCAAACCUGCUCAGAAAUGUUAAUGUUUAUAGUGAUCGAUGUCUAUUAUUUUAAGAAUCAAGUUACGAAAGCAUUUAAAAUUAAAAAAAGAUAUAGGGACUUUAUUGUGAUUAGUGCCAUGUAGUGGAAGGCAGAGCGUGGAGAUCUUAAGUUUAUAUCAAAUAAAUUUUACGAGUGCCUAGAGAGCAAUGUAAUGUUCUUGAUUUACAGUGCAGGUGUUCACUGCUCUGCUGGUGUGGCUGCAGAAAUGAAUUAUAGUGUGUGCAGAACAGUAUAAAGAAAAGUCCACUUGCAUAUGUCAUCGCAACAUUGUUUCUCAGUUAUGAAGUCUGGAGAAGAGGAAGAAUUAACAAGGAGUCUGCCUGAGGAAGUAUACAGAGAAGACCUGGUUGACCUUCAACACUCAACGACGACACUAUAUAUUACAACCGUGAAAUCCAAAACAGCAAAGUUAAGAGAAUGUUUUAGAAAACUAAACUAUUCACUGAAUGAACGAUGGUCUUAAAGGUGAUUUAUUUGCUCAAGGUCAAGAUGUAUUUUUGUAAGCCCUGUGCUAGUGCUCCAUUAAUGUUAACAUAUAUAUUAGCAAGGAAAUACUUUGUUAAUUAUAAGCGGCUGGAACUUUGACCAAAGGUGUUCAUUCAUAAAUAUCAAAGUUCCAGGGAGUUUUACGCAAAUGAGAUGAAUUACAUUUCUGGAUUUGUGUCUAUAAUGCUCUGACUACUGCCCCAGGAUGGUCAUUGCUACACUAUAAAACAAGCAAGCUUUCCAUCACUGUUUUCUUAAGUUAUGGUUUACAUUAACAAAGAAAAUGAAAUCACAAGAAGAAGAAAACAACGAGAGAAAACGGUGCAGAGAACAAGGCGUUGUGGAUCGACAGACGGUAGUGAAGGACUUGGAGAACACUAUCUCCAGUCUCUUCACCUACCUUACAUCAAACUCUCCAGUGCCACAGCAGUUCACAGCAUCGGGAGAUUUUCGGCUCAAUUCAGAUGACGAAACACGACUAUCACGAGAACUAACACCCGCUGAAUCAGUGGGAUCCGUCUCUCGCGAAGUGGUUUACCCUGUGGCAUUCCGUCCAGUGUCAGAGGCGGACUCGACCUCAAGAAGUCAUCUCAUAACUCCUCAAGGGGCUUUCCACACCCUCUCUGAAACAGGUCUUCCCCCUCCAGUCCCUAGACGAGGUCCACCGAGAGAUUCUCCCUCCAACUUUGACUUGUUCUCUACUUCAAGUACAAGAUACUCUCCAGCAACUCGCUGUUCCAUCCUCAGUAAAGCCUCGCCAUCGCCCUCAAGAUGGUUCACUGAAUCUCCAUUUGGUUUAAGAGACAGAAAAUCUUUAAUGAGCUCAGUUAAUUCUAAAGGAUCAAGUGACAUAGAACUCGUUAAUCUUUUCAGAAGUGAAAAUGUCAAUGAUGCAUUAUCGCGCUCUUUUUGUAGUUCUAAUGAGAAAAUAAGAACCUUAGACUAUGAAAGCAGACUCGCCAAAACAUCAGAAUUAGAAUCUGUGCCGAGUGUUUUUACCUCUUCUCCAGGUAAAAACAGACACUACGAAGCCAGGAGACUUGGUGUUCAUCUCUCCAGUGAUCCCUCAUUAAAUUUUAGCGUAAAAUCAACUUCCACGGGGAAAAGGUUUUUAAGCAGCCCGCAUGAAUCAACCUUAAGAAGAACUCCAGAACAAUACCAAACGAAUAGCGAAACUCAGCUAGAUGUUAGGUUAGCAGAGAUAAGAGAACCGACCUGUCGGGAUCUACCGCAACACACACGAUCAUCUCCCGCUGCUCGUGUGUCUGUCCAGUCCUUACCUUUAAGAUCUCACGACAGAGUGAGAAACCCUGACCACCACUACUCUGAGAUUGACCUUUAUGAACCUGAUCAAAACAAUGACAGCGCAGCAUCGCCAAAUACAACUACUACACCGCUUUCAGCGCCUCCUCCUGUACCUCCUCAUGGUGAAGGUAAGUCCUCACGCAACACUGUUAAAUACAUUCUGGACACAUUGUACUGUACUCUGUGUGUAGUGUUAAACAUCCUGAGGGGUCAGUCAGCUAGAUACUCCGGCCUCCGUGUGUUAAUAGUGUGCCAGAAAAACUAUCUUCAUGUACUAACUUUAUAUACCAAAUUAAUUCUGGGAAUUUAAGAGUAUAUACUGCAGAGGAUAAAGGUAAGUGGUAAAC